AUGUUGCCAAAAAAAUUAAAACCUAGAUUUAAAAGUCAUGGAUUGCCUAUUAAAAUUAAUAAUGAAUUGUUGGCCAAACAAAUAAAGAAGUUAAGAGUAUCGAAUAAUUCUUCGAACAAUGAUUCGAAUAAUGCUGCCGCUCCAUCAAAUAAAAUUAAUGAUUCAUGGCAAACAUUAUCUAAUGCUAGAGAUAAUAAAAAUGAUAUAACUGAAUAUUACAAUGACAGAAAGUUCUACAAUGGCAACAAAAAAUUCAAAAAAUCUUCUUUGAAAAACAAUAAUAUACCACCGAAAACAAAUGCAAAUUCAAAUAAAUCGAAAAAGACAGGAAAAUCGGUUAAAUUUAGUUUGCCAGAUGAAUCACAAUCUAAUGAAGGAGCAAAGCUUUUAAUGAGAAAGUCAAAGACAAUGUCCGCGUUGAAUGUUGAUGACACAGCAGCUUUAAGUCUCGUCAAGGCGGAUCCAGUUCCUGGACGAUGUAAUAAUCUUGUUAAAUUGUAG